AUGGAUUAUUGCAACUUCAUCAAUCCGACGCAUAAGUUGUUAGAAUGCAGAGACAAACUCCGAGAACUAGCACAACGUGGAGCUGAUACUUCAAUUGAAGAUUUGAAAAAUGUAUAUGACUUAGUAGUUCAAACACUCCAUGAUAUUCCUCAAAGCGAUGGAGAAAACAAAUCAAUCCGAAGUUUGACUCUAAUAAGUCAUAUGUUAAGUAAAGCAGCUCAAUUUGAAGCUAAUCGGGAGAAUCUAGGUUUAGGUUUGCCUUCGGAUCUUAUCGAAAAUGUGUCAUCAAAACCAUCACAGCUCCAUGAAAAUUAUCAAAAUAUGGAAGAAGUUAACACUGCAUGCCAAUCAGACAGUAGUCACAAAGAUAAAUUUGACGACUUUGCCGAGGCCAGGAGAAAUGCAAUUGAAAGCACUAUUGUAAGAGAUAUAGAAAGUUUACCAGUUCUCACAGAUAUAGCGGGUUUAACGGAGGCGAAAAAUGCUCUGAGUGAAGCCCUGGUUGAUCCCAUCCUCUAUCCCGAGUGGUUCUCUGAAACUGACUUGAAACCAUGGAAAUCGGUUCUUCUGUAUGGUCCACCUGGAACAGGGAAAACUGUGUUAUGUCAUGCUGCAGCAAGAGAAAUCGAGGCAACUCUUUAUCAGAUAUCUUCCUCUGACUUGAUCUCUUCCUGGAGUGGUCAAUCGGAAAAAUUGAUACGAGAGCUGUUUGAUCAUGCUAUUAAGCUGAAUAAAGUGACAGUGAUCUUCAUUGACGAAAUAGAUAGCUUGUGUAGGGUCCGCUGUUCGACUGAAGAUGACUCUAAUCGUAGAGUUAAAACAGAGCUACUAGUACAAAUUAGUAAACUGCAGAAAACGACCGGCAUCAUGCUUGUGUGUGCAACAAAUUGCCCGUGGGAUCUGGACCCCGCAUUUCUUCGGAGGUUUGAAAAGAAGAUAUACGUUGGAUUACCCAGUACUUCUGCUCGGAUUUCUAUACUAAGAAAACGUCUCAACAACACUACUCGAACGCCUGCAGUCAGUUACGAAUGGCUUGCAGCCAAGACGGAAGGUUUCAGUGGAGACGAUUUGAGGAGGUUCUCAAGUGAAAUCGCGUAUGCACAAUUCAGACAGUAUAAGGAACGAAAAAUCCUAACUAAAGAGAAUGCUCCCUGCAACCCAGUAAGUAUAGGUCUCAUAGAGACUGUGUUGGCCAAGUUCGUACGUUCAGUCGACGAACAACAGCUUUCUAAGUUUCAUGAAUACAUGAACAAAUAA